CCGGACAAUCCCACCAAGUCGUGCAAAGCUAGGGGCUCCGAUCUCCGAGUUCAUUUCAAGAAUACAAGAGAGACUGCCCAUGCAAUUCGAAAAUUGCCUCUAUCCAAGGCCAAAAGCUAUUUGGAGGAUGUUCUUGCCCACAAACAAGCCAUUCCGUUCACUCGCUUCUGCCGCGGUGUUGGGCGAACUGCUCAGGCAAAGAACCGACAUUCAAAUGGACAAGGACGUUGGCCAGUCAAAUCUGCGGGAUAUAUUUUGGAUCUACUUAAGAAUGCUGAGAGUAAUGCAGAAGUGAAAGGUUUGGAUGUUGAGUCACUUUACAUAUCCCACAUCCAAGUAAAUCAAGCCCAGAAGCAGAGGCGUCGCACAUACCGUGCUCAUGGAAGAAUCAACCCUUACAUGUCAUCUCCCUGCCAUAUUGAGUUGAUUUUGUCCGAGAAGGAAGAACCAGUCAAAAAGGAGCCUGAGAUGCAAGUGGCUUCAAGGACCAAGAAGAGCAACAAAGCUCUACGCAGUGGCACUGCUUCUUGAAUAACACAGUAAUAGAGCCUGAUUCCAGAAACUGAGGAUGAUUUUCAUUUCUUUGUCCUAUCUAAUGGAAACAUAUUUUGUGUUCUAUUAAGAAUGCUAUUUGUGAAUUUGAUUUUUGUUAGAUUCUUAAAUUACUAUCACUCAAGAGAGUUUAGAAUUUUCAGAUGGAACUUGAUGGUUUUUGCUUAUUGAGUAGGUUCUGCUGAUUUGCUGUGUUUCAUUGGAGACAUGUUGUGGUUCAUUGGUUAUUCAAUCUAUGUGAUGUUGCUUGUUUAAACCA